UGCCCUGGUGCAGACGUCGCGAGCUAAACAAACAUGUCUUUGCUACAUUAUAAGACUACGGACCUUAAAGAUACGUAGGCAAAUGCAAAGGGCAAUAUGCGACGAUUAAUAAGAAACGUGCCAAACAUAAAACUGUCGAUGGAGAGUUGAUAUAUUAUUCAGUUGGUUAGCUUAGUGUAGCCUUUUGUGACCGUGUUUACACAUUGCUAGCUAGCUUUCCAGCUGGCUAAUAAGCUAGCAAAAUGGACCUUGGAACAAUGUUAUACAACAAUUUAAAAGAUGUUACAUGGAGCACUACGUCUUUACCAUUAGAUCAACUUGUGAGUGCUUAUAGGUUGCCUCAAAUGGCCAAGCUGGAUAACGGUCAGAUUGUUGAAGGGCUCCGAGACAAUGACUACCUCUUGAUUCAUUCCUGCCGUCAGUGGACAACUAUUACUGCUCACAGUCUGGAGGAGGGACACUAUGUCAUUGGGCCCAAAAUAGAGAUCCCGGUGCACUAUGAAGGUCAGUUUAAGCUACUGGAGCAGGACAGAGAUGUCAAGGAGCCUGUGCAGUACUUCAACAGUGUGGAGGAGGUGGCUAAAGCAUUCCCUGAAAGGGUAUACGUUAUGGAAGAAAUCACGUUCAAUGUUAAGAUGGCUUCAGGCGAAUGCAAUGAAGAUACCGAAGUGUACAACAUAACACUUUGCACCGGUGAUGAGCUGACAUUAAUGGGCCAGGCUGAGAUUCUAUAUGCCAAGACCUCCAAAGAAAAAUCAAGAUUCAACACAAUUUUUAAGAAGAUUGGGAAGCUAAACUCUAUCAGUAAGAUCGGUCGAGGCAAGAUGCCUUGCUUGAUCUGCAUGAACCAUCGCACCAACGAGAGCAUCAGCCUGCCUUUCCAGUGCAAAGGCAGGUUCAGCACCUGUAGCCCACUGGAGCUCCAGAUGCAGGACGGCGAGCACAUCAUCAGGAACAUUGUGGAGAAAACCCGUCUCCCUGUCAAUGUGUCAGUCCCCAACAGUCCACCCCGCAACCAUUAUGACCUCCACCUCAUUCGUGAGGGUCAUCGCUACAAGUUAGUCAACAUUCAGACAAAGACGGUGGUUGUGUGCUGCAUCCUGCGAAGCAACAAAAUUAUCCCCAUCCAUUUUCCCUUUCAUAUGGCCAUGCCUAGAUGUAUUAUUCCAGAAGAGCUCUUGCAAGGAGAGCUGUGGCUAGAAACUAUGGUACAUCGCUGGUUCUCCUUCUGCCAGGAUCAGUUUGACAUAGAUGACUAUUCUCGUGCUGUUCGGGAUGUGCGGACAGACUGGAACGACGACGGUAAGAGCCCCAAGAAAACCAGCGGGAAUGGCAGUUGCAGUGGAAGCAGCGGAUGCAGCAGCAGCUCCAACGGUUGUCCCAACCAAAUGCAGAUUCCCAGUUCUUUAACCUAUGCCCGGGAGGAACUCACCCAGUCCUUCCACCGUCUAUCUGUGUGCGUGUACGGCAGCAACCUGCACGGUAACAGUGAGGUCAAUUUGCAGGGCUGUAUGACACUGUGUGGAGAUUGGGCUCUUCUGCCCUCGGAUAGCAUCCCUUCAGAAUCGGGAGAAAAUGAACACUUUUACCCCGAACUGAUGGACAGCACAAACUCACAACCAUCCCUCAACAAAUCUGACGUCCCCUAUGAGGAGCUGUGGUUGGACCAAUUGAGAGGUCAGAUCCCAAAACCUUCUGUGAGUGAGGGACUUCGAGGCAUCAACAAUGGCUGCAGCACAACAACAGCCCUGUCAUACCCAGUCACUACAGAUUCGUCUCUUACUCCACCACCGGUUCCGCCCAAGUCUGAAGCUGUGAAGGAAGAAUGCCGUCUUCUGAAUGCCCCACCAAUUCCUCCAAGAAGCUUGAAACAGAUGGCAUCAGUGCCCAUCCUGUCUAAGCCACGGCAGCAAGACACUCGGUCUCCAAGUCCGACCCUCUCCUACUAUUCUUCUGGUCUCCACAACAUUAGUGGAGCAUCUGAGCAGGAUGCCGAUGAUCCACAAGAACCAAGCCAUGUGUGCAACCCCUGCAACUGGGCUAGAUCCCACAGCAUUGAGCCGAAUGUGACGUGGCCAAGCAGUAGCCUGCCAUCAGAUGGGAUGUCCUCCAGGUUGUCCUGGCCAAAUAACCUCAGCGGAGGAGAAUCGCACAGCAUGGAGGAGUUUCUACCAUCUGGCUGUCGAAGUUACUUCAGCUGCCCCAGAAAAAGAUCCCAGAGCAGCCGGGAAGCCUGCACAGCCAGCUUUGUUGACUUUGAUGGAGAGCAUGCUCACAGCAGUAAGGACUUCAGGUCGCAGAAAGCCUCCGUGAAUCACUUCUGCACCAAAUCUUCAAGUUACCAUUCAGAAAUGUACAGAAACAAGCCAAUAGAAGAAUCUGACACAAAGCAGAGCCUUUCUUGCCCCAUCCUGCCGCCGAGAACACCCAAAUCAAAUGCUAUAAAGAGGGGCACGGAUUUACUGUCAGGAUUCGAUGGUGACAGUGAGCAGGAAACGUCAAAUUGCUCACUACCUAAACUUGAGAAGGGCACAAAAGAGAUACCUCUCAUCUUUACUUCAUUAACUCCUAACUCUCCAUCAUUAUCUCCCAAUGCACAGUGGCAGCCACCCUCCAGUCUGGCUAAUCUUUCUAUUGAAGAGGUGUCCAGAUCUCUAAGGUUUAUUGGCCUGCCGGAUGACAUUGUUUCUUUUUUCGUGACUGAGAAGAUCGAUGGGAGUCUACUCCUGCAGCUCACUGAGGAGAUUUUGUCAGAGGAUUUCAAACUAAGCAAACUGCAGGUAAAGAAACUCAUGCAGUUCAUAAGUGGGUGGAGACCCAAGAUAUAACUAACAGUGUAUGAGACUAGCUCCUGUCGUAAAGCAGGGAGCGUCAAGCCUUCAGUAUAUAUGCUAUGCACACCAGGCCACAAAGAGUUUCUUUUCGUAUAACAUGAAUUUAUUUCCUUGUUACUAUAUUGUGGGGAAGUUGGGCAAUAUUUCCCAGCCCGUUUAAAGUCUGUGACUGCUAUCUACUAACUGAAUAGAAUCAUUUGGCACUUUCAUGAAGACAUUUUCAUGUCAGCUACUUAGUACUUUUCCGUAAGUGUUCAUGUUAUCACACAAAUUCUUUAUUAGGCCAACAAUUGUAAAGUACUGAUGUGGCAUCCUAAUAAUGAUAUUGAUAAAUAUAUAUCCCUCUGUCCUUAAAGAGGAAUAUCACAACAUUGCUAUUUCCAGGAUUUAAAAAACAGCACGAAAAACAAAUGUUCUAUUUUCACAUUUAAAAAAAAAAGUUAAACAAUAUUUUGAUGUCUUUGCGGAGACACAGUUUGACAUUUGGUAACCACAAAACAUUAAGCUUGCAUGAUCCCAAGCUUGCAAUUAUAUAGUUAUGCAUGAGUUCAGGGAUAUGAUAGAGGAUUCUGCUGUUCAAACAUUUCUAAACCAAAAUCAAAACAGUUGAUUUAAUUCACUUCUGUUGAAUGAACUCAAAACCCAACAAGUAAAGAUACUUAACUUGAAUUUAACUUGUUCAUCUUUUAAAAGAAGGUAGAGAGGUCUUAAGCUGUACAUUUCAUCAGAAUCUUUGAAAAUUCAUUUAUUUUCCAAUUGGCAAGAAAUACUCAAUGAUGUUACAUUUCAACCUGCAGUAUCAUACUGAUGCACAGUUUUAAAUAAAAAAGAAGUUGCUGAAAAGGAGUUGAUUUUGCAGCUGUAUGACCCUUUAAGUUUUUUAAUACCUUUUUAUGUUGGAUAAAACCAAAUACAUCAGCUUUUAAUGUCAAUCGGGUAAGAGUCUUUUUUUAAGAGAUAAAGUGUUAAUUUAAAACCAACUUGGCUUUGUUGACCAUCACGAAUGGCAUCUGCAUUCUUGUUGUGAUAUUCUCCUUUGCGAAGUUAGCCCUCAUCAAAGGGUUCUCAUGUUCUCUUAUGUGAAACAAGAUGUUGUUUCUAUUUGAUGCUUUCCUAAUCCAAAGUUUAAUUGACCUAUAUGGCUCUUUCCUUAAACCUUAAACCUCUCUACUAAAAAUGGCAGAGACUUUAACAAUAUGAUGUCCUUACUUUAAAUCUAAAAUGGAAACAACUGACUGGUAAUGGGGCCGUGACGUUCUACAUUAAAAUACAAAAUAUGCAUCAUGCACUUUGGUAGCUCUCAGCCUAAUUAAUUGCUGUUAAGAAAAUUAAAUAUAAACCUAUGAAAUAGUGUCUUUGUAGAAAGUGAAUGCACUACACGCCUUUUCAAAACUAAAAUGGUACGUCUCCUUUAUUCUCAUUGUAUGCAUUAUAAGUGUCCUCUAAUGCUAGAAAGAAGUAAAAGAUAACUUUGCUGCGCCUUAACCCAGAGACCUUAAAAUAUAUUAUAUUUACCUUUGGCUUAACAUUUUUUUUAAGUCAGUCUCUUGUUUUAGGAAUAUACUCUUAACAUGUGUGUAUUUUUCCUAUAGCCUGAGAGGCAUAGGUCAAACUGAAAAUGAUCUGAUAAAAUGACAUUUUGUUUUUAUUGGUACCAAUCUUUGUUUUAUUUAGCCUUGAUUCAGAGUUGUAUUGUAUUUAUGCAGUAUUUAACAAAAAUAUGCAGAAGAGUUAUUGUUAUCAGACUAUUGGUAGUGCUGAUAUAUGAAGGUGCCUCAGCAAAAACAGCAUGUCUGUAACCCAGGUCCUGUUGGCCAACAGCUGUUGUUUCUUCCCCUCUGUCACUUUUUGCAGUGGGUUGUUACAUAUUUUACUUGAUAUUUUGUAUUUGUUAUGUUAGUACAAAUGUGAUUUUUAUAUAAAAAAAAGUAAUAACUAACGGUGAAAUAAUUUGUGUUGAGAAAAAAGCUUUUGUUCAAAUUUCCUUUUUUUAUUCUGUACCAUUUACGUUCUACUUUGGUUUGUAAAUCCAUGUAUUUAAAUAACACAUGGCAACACAGGGAGGAAAAACCCUGCAAGCCUCAGUUCGACUACAUAGAAAAUGACUAAUAAUUUGAAUGAGCAAAGUUUUCAGGUGAUUUUUCAGAUUUUCUUGUUACUUUGUCCCCUUAUCCGAAUGGGAUUGCAAUGUGUCCCAUGACCUUAUUAUUCUAUGGUGAUUGAUGUCUUAUGCAAUAGCCAUGUCGACCAUGGUAGUAACAACAAGAAAUGGAGUAUUAUGCACAUUGAAUUACCUCAGCGGUAAUUCCAGAGAAAGUCCAAUUUCUACUUGAAUAAUUCUGAGUAAACUGUGAACACACUACAACAAAUGACCUAGCUCUGUAAAUACACCAUCAUCAAGCUUUUAACACUAAUAGCUAUCUGAUAAUAAUAACGUCUGUCCCCCUCGAUCGGGGAUGUGUGAGUGAUUACCAUCUCUGUGCACAAACAAAAUAAAUAACUAACACUUGUUUUGAUCAAAUUUGGAAAA